UAGGUGUGGUUGCUGUGACGACGCGGCUCUCCUGUCGACAUCUUUCAGGAAAUGAAUUUAAAGAAAUGAGAAAUCCAGGAACUUGAGCUGAAACGAGUCACGGCGGGCAGAUCUGAAGAGUCGACGAGGAAACUCUCUUAAAGCCAGUUUGAAUGUUGGACACGGGGCGGCAAAGGAGAUAACAUGUUGAUAAAGGAGUUUCGAAUCGUCUUGCCCGUUUCUGUUGAAGAGUACCAGGUGGGUCAGCUGUACUCUGUAGCAGAAGCAAGUAAGAAUGAGACUGGAGGUGGAGAUGGAGUGGAAGUCCUAAAAAACGAGCCCUACGAGAAAGAGGAUGGAGAAAAAGGACAGUACACGCAUAAGAUUUACCGCUUGCAAAGUAAAGUGCCAAGUUUUGUACGGUUACUGGCCCCUUCAUCUGCCCUGAUUAUUCAUGAGAAGGCCUGGAAUGCUUAUCCUUACUGUCGCACAGUUCUUACGAAUGAGUACAUGAAGGACAAUUUUCUAAUCAUGAUUGAGACGUGGCACAAACCUGACCUUGGUGAACAGGAAAAUGUUCAUAAUCUUGACUCUGAACGAUGGAAACAGGUUGAGGUGAUACAUAUUGACAUUGCUGACAGAUCUCAGGUGGACACUAAGGACUAUAAACCAGACGAGGAUCCAGCCACUUUUAAAUCACAGAAGACUGGUAGAGGCCCAUUAGGACCUGAUUGGAAGAAAGAGCUUCCUCAGAAGAAGGACUGCCCUCAUAUGUGUGCCUAUAAAUUAGUCACUGUCAAUUUCAAGUGGUUUGGCCUGCAGAAAAAAGUGGAGGGUUUUAUCCACAGGCAAGAGAAGCGUCUGUUCACCAGCUUCCACAGGCAGCUCUUCUGCUGGUUAGACCGAUGGAUCGAUUUGACCAUGGAGGAUAUCCGCCGCAUGGAGGAGGAGACACAGAAAGAGCUUGAUAAGAUGCGAGAGAAGGAUCCAGUGAAAGGGAUGUCUGCCGCAGAUGAAUGAGGUGCUGCAGUUGGGACUGUGAGUGUGAUUUAGUUUUGAUGUCUGCAGCUGUUUGGCUGUGUCCUAGUAUUGGAUCGUUUCUCUACAGUAUGAUUGGCUGUUCUUUGUCUUCAUCCUUCACUCCAGUAGUUUCUCUUUAUCCACCUCUGUACAAAGAACAUCUCAUCCUGUGAUGUUUCUGAGCAUUUUUUUUUUUUUUGGUCUAGUCCAUUUUCCUCAGAUUUCCUCUAUUUUGAUUUUCAAACUCUGUAAUUGCAUUUCCAUAAAUGUUUACCCCCCUUUUUUGUUUAAGUUCAGCAACACCAGCACUCGUGUAUUUAAACACCCCGUCACUGCUUGCAUCUCUAGCAUGUUAACAUGCUUCUCAAACAGAUGCUCCACCCUUAAUAUAUUUGCUUGAGGCAGCUUCAUCUUGCACAAAUAAAAAAACUCAAGAUGAAGCUGCCUCAUGUCAAAUGACCAUGAGUUGAUCGUAUUAGAGGGCUGCAGCUGACCCAUUGUUACUCAUAAGCCACUUUUCUCAGGACUUUUUGUAGAUCUUAAAAGACUGAAUUUGAAUAAUGUGGUAAUACCAGGUUUACAGUAAUGAAGUAAUGGUAAGCUUACUUCAGUUCUGCUGGACUUCCAAACAGGGUCUAGAGAAGUAAACAUUGUGUUGUGUUGGAGAUGUAUUAGCACAAGGUUCACUUAAGGAUUUAUUAUGAACUGUAUUCAGAUGUUUAAGUGUCAUUCUGCUGCUCUGUCCUCUCCAAGACUACGUUUACUGGACAUGGAUACAACUCGUUUCAUAAUUGUGCCUCGACCCAAUAAUGAUAUUAAAAAGAGUUUAUAUUAUUGUU